AUGGCGCUCCAUCUUCUACUCUUGUCGGUUCUUGUGCGCAAAACAUCUUCAAUGGCAGCUGAUGCACGGACCGUUGCAGUUGGAGGAUUGUUUGAUCUAGAGAAAUAUGAAAACAAUGGAUACUCAGAACUUCUAAGCGCCAUAAUAGCUGUGGAGCAUGUCAACAGUGUAAUGGAAGAUUUCAAACUUAGAUUAAUUGCUAACAAUUCACAGUGUAACCCUGGAAUCGCUAUUGAUGCUUUAUUUGAUUUUAUUCACCGAAAACCUCUUUUAGCCUUUGUUUUGGGUAGUGGAUGUUCGGACGUGACAAAAGCGCUGGCUGAGAUAGUCCCUUACUGGAACACUAUACUGAUAUCACACGCUUCCACCUCUCCGACCCUCAGUAAGAGGAAAAAAUAUCCAACAUUUUUUAGACUAGCUCCAACUGAGCAUGCCAAAAACAUAGCUAGGAGCCAAUUUAUCACGCACUUUGGUUGGAGGAAAGUCGCUACUGUCGUGGAGGAUUCAUUCUCUCUUGCAAUGAAGAGUUCUACAGAGUUCUUGUACAAAAACAACAUCACAAUCACAGAAUCUCUGGAAUUAGAUAACAGUUAUGAGAGUCUUAAGAAAAAGAUGGUCGAAUUAAAGGCAUUCAGACUGGACAUGUGUAGUUCUCGGCAUGUCUGGAUAUUUAUUGGGAAUUUUGAAGCAGAAUGGUGGGAGGUAACCGACACAGGGUGUACUUUGUCACAAAUGAGACAAGCUUCUAAUGGAAGCAUAAUAACAGGGCGUUAUUCUGGAAGAAACGAUGAAAUUUACAAAGUUCACAAUCUGACGAGAGACGAUUUUCUGUCUUUCUAUGAGGGACGAAAUGGAACGUUUCCUAUCAGUCCUUACGCGUAUAGUGCCUUUGAUACAGUUUGGACAAUUGCUUUAGCUGUUAAGACCAUCCACAGCAAUGGACUUCUGUCAUCUUUGAUAAACACUUCCUAUACAAGUAGAGAGAAUCUCACGAAUAACAUGAUGGAUAUAAUAUCCAAAAUACACUUCCUUGGACUUUCAGGACUUGUUACCUUUGAUGGCCCGGAUAGAACCGAAAGAGCAGCUUUAUUUCAGAAUCAAGAUGGUAUGAGAAGGCUUGUUGCUGUAUAUGAUGUAGUGGAAAAUCGUCUAAAUUUUAAUUGUUCCGAGUGUUACGAGAUCAGCUGGGGAAGUGUAGCUUAUCUUUUAGACAGGAACCUGGUCCCAGCUGACUCUAGUCUGAUUCUGGUGAAACAUUUAAAAAUCGGUUUCACCGUAUCCUGUAUUGUCAUCUCAAUUUGUUUACUGGGAAUAGUGAUGUCUUUUUCCUUUCUGAUUUUCAAUGUCUAUCACCGAAAAAAGAGGUUCAUCAAACUUUCUAGUCCUAAGCUGAACAAUGUGACUGUGCUGGGAUGUGUCUGCGUAUAUUCUGGGAUCAUACUUCUUAGCUUCGAUGUACAACUGCUCCCAGACAACCUCUUUUCAGUGUUCUGCCAUAUAAGAACCUUUAUCUUUGCUGUUGGAUUUUCAAUGGCGUUUGGUUCCAUGUUCAUAAAGACGUACAGGGUUCAUCAAAUAUUUACACAAGUGAACAGCGGAUUUGUCAAGAGGAAGGAUUAUGUGGAAGACGAAGACAUUCUAUAUGUAUAUCAGACAACGCAUUGCAACUGUGUACAUAUGGAGAAAUGGUUGUCUGGGUUCUAUGCCUUCAAAGGACUCCUGCUUCUGUUUGGUUGCUACAUGACUUGGGAAACUCGCAAUGUGAGCAUUCCAGCUCUUAAUGACGUCCGCUACAUUGGAAUGAGUGUCUACAAUGUCGUCAUUAUGAGUAUUUUUGUGGUUGUGAUAUCCAAUGUACUGACGGAUGAGCCAGUACUCGCUGUGAUUCUGGAAAGCGUGUGUAUUUUCAUCUCAGCAACUGCCAUAUUAUGUCUUCUAUUCAUUCCUAAGGUGUCGAUUAUCAUGAGAAAAAAACAGCAAGAUUCAUUGUACGCUCCUGGAUUUGUGGUAGCAUCUAAAACAAUGCGUUUUCCAGUUGAUGACAAACAGGAACAAAAAUUCAGAGCUGAAGUUCAAAACAGAGCAUUAAAAAAAGAACUGAUUGAGUUAGAACAUGAAGUUCAAAGGUUAGAGAGAUUGUUGGAGGGAGAACCAGAGCCCUAUCCAGAUAUUACAGAGGACAUCCUUUCUCUUCUAUCAGAGACUCAUGUGGACACUUCUUCGAGGAUGCCUUCAAACAAAAGCAGUCUAUCAGUUGGAAGCAGUGUUUAUUCUGACGACGAUGAAGAAAAGUCCAUAUCAACAGAAGACACCGGCAGGAUUCAUAUGACCUUAUAUCCUCCUCGUGUGACCUUCUUAUCCUCAAAAAUACAAAACUCAGUAGAUUUAUUUGAACAACAGGAUCAGAAACUGUGCACAAAAGAAAUAAUGUGGAGAAUUGCUUCGAGGAAACUGGAUAAAGUAGAGGAUUUCGUAGAAAUAACUGGAUAUGACGGAAGUUAG